UCAGUCGGGAGAUCGCUGUCCGUUCGGUUCGGUAACGAGUGCGGAGUUUUUCGUGUAAGCAGCUUUGCUUGGCUGAGAUUAUAAGUAUAUCUUUAACGGAUGUGGAUUCGGAUGUGUCUCCUUUGAUUGCGUAUAAACAUUUUUCUAUCACACAAAAUUUCUCGUGCGACGCUGUUAUCAACAAACGGAAAAUGUGGGUGACAUUAAAUUGAAUUGAAAGAAUUUUCGGCUAGGCAUGUGAGUGCAUUUUUUUACCGAACGACGUCUGCACAGUCAGUAUCUCAACAUCGUUGUUUAUGAUCUCGUUUACUAGUGUGAUUAAUUUGUACUGCUUGAAAGAAGAGGCUGCUUAAGUUCAGUGAAGUGAGAAAAAUAUAAUAAUAAGAAAGUCAAAGUAAAGUGCCCCGAAAGUGCUUCUGUUGGCAAUAAAAAGAGAGGCCAAACCUGUUUGCCGGCUGCCGUGCGUGCAAGUUAACCGAGUGCGUCUUUCCGCGGUGUCUGCGUAGUUCUACGUACACAAUGUCCCAGGUAGAGGGAAUGCUGCUGGACGGUGAUACCAACGAUUCCAGUGACGUUAAAGUGCUGACAGAUAAGGGCGGUGUUUCGCCGGUGGUCAGUUGUGCCAUUACGAGUGCAACCACGUUGACAACUGCCAGCGCGUCGUCGUUAUCGAUGGAUCACGAGCAAGAGGAAACCGGUUUAUUAUCGAGCGGUGAACUGGAGCCAGACGGCUUCGACGGCGCAACAGUAGCCGCCGUUUACGAGCCAUGUGAUCCGUUAAUUAUUUUAAAUCUGUUUCAAUCACUAUCCUCCACGACCAAUUCUCUCGAGCUUCAAAUGAAGAUUAAUGUGCACCUCAAAACACUCACAAAAUCACCCUAUGUGUUUCUGGUGCCGAUUCUACACUCCAGCGAGGAAGGUCUCAUUCAGGUUAUCAAUGAUAACAUUCUUGAUAAGGAAAUCCGAUUUUCGAUAAACUCUUCACAUUUGAAGAAUGCGUCCCAACAUAAUGGAUAUCCUUUUGUCAUAGACGAUAUUAAUAAGGAUUUUUCUGAAGUUAUCGAAAUGGUGGUAGGAAACAAGCACAAUACUCUAGUCUUUGAUAUUAAAAGCCCCCGUGUCAGCAAACUUCAGACGCAGAUAUCAACAACAUCGACCUGUUCUACGACCUCGCUCUCGACCCGAUCGUCAUUUGAUGGCGGCAGUGCUCAACAUCAGCAGCAAAAUCACAACGGUAAUCACAGCAGCAAUCGUUCCAGUUUACAGCAGCAACAGAUUGCAUUGUUUGUUUGUAUCGCCGGGGACACUAAAUCCCGAUCGAGGUAUCAGUUCUACAUCGAGGACACCUUCCGAUACGUGCUUGGACACCUGCUAACCGCUUUUGAGCUGUUUGAAGAAAAGAGGGUGCGAUAUCAAUGCCAGAAUCUGUUACAGGUCGCCCGACGGCUGCUAAGCAAAAUAGGCGACUUAGGACAACUGCUGCAGGGCGUUAUGACGGAAGCCAAAGAACUUACCGCUGCGGAACGUUGCUCGCUGUUCCUGCUGGAUAAACACACCGGGGAGCUGGUGUCAAAAGUGUUUGACGGUAAUGAGGCGUCCAAAGAAAUUCGAAUAGAGAGUGGCAAGGGUAUAGCUGGUUACGUCGCACAGACGGGAAAACUGCUGAACAUACGGAACGCUUAUCAGCAUCCCCUGUUCUACAAAGGUGUCGAUGAGUCAACAGGAUUCAAAACGCGGAAUAUUCUCUGCUUUCCCAUUUGCGAUGAAGAGGGUGUCAUUGGAGUGGCACAACUUUGUAAUAAGUUCAACGGUUUCCACUUUGACAAGUGUGACGAAGAGGUGGCCACUGCGUUCUCCGUUUACUGCGGCAUCAGCAUCAUGCAUGCCCUUGUCCACAAACAAGUACAGAAGGCAGAAGCUCGAUACAAACUCUCGCAAGAGCUGCUCCUGUACCACAUGAAGGUGCCCGAUACUGAAAUACAGCAUGUGCUCGACGGAGCGAAUACACAUCAGUACGAUCAGUACACGGUGGAUUUUCCGAAGUUUGAAUUUUGUCCUCGCGAUGUGAAAGAUUUUGCCCUAUCAGUGCAGCUGUCUAUGCGGAUGUUCACCGAUCUCGAUUUCGUAGCCACUUUUCAAAUCCACGAAGAUAAGUUAGCAAGAUUCAUUCUAAUGGUGCAGAAAGGUUACCGGGAUACCCCUUAUCACAAUUGGUGGCAUGCUUUUUCGGUCGCCCACUUUGCUUACGCAUUGAUGAUGAACCUACGGUUGAUUGAGCGAGGCAUCAUAACAAAAAUGCAAGGAUUCUCGUUUCUGAUUGCUGCAUUUUGCCACGACCUCGACCACCGGGGUACCACCAACACCUAUCAAACGCAGUCCAGCAGCCCGCUGGCACGGUUGUACAGCAGUGAAGGUAGCGUCAAUGAAAGACAUCAUUUGUCCCAGGCUAUUUACAUAAUAAAUGACCCGAGUAGCAAAAUUCUGGAUGGACUCUCGACGGAGCAAUUCAAGGAAUGCAUAGACUAUCUGAAAGAUUUAAUUUUGGCCACUGACCUGGCAAAUCACUUUCGAAUGGUGCCGCAUUUGAAACGAUUACAGUCAGACAACAUAUCGGAAUGUUCCAACCAAAGACUGCUAUUGUCGCUGUUGAUCACUUGCUGUGAUCUAAGCGAUCAAAUCAAAUCAUGGCCAACGGUGCAACACGUGGCACAUCUAGUGUAUGCGGAAUUUUUCGCCGAAGGUGACUUGGAAAGACAAAUGGGUCUCCGGCCGGACACGAUGAUGGAUCGCAAAAAAGCUUGCAUCCCGGUGCUACAGAUCGAGUUUCUCGCUACGGUUAUUCGACCGACCUUUGAAAUGCUAGUACAAAUAUUUCCCGAAACAGAAUCCUUUCUGACGACAAUUGACAGCAACCGAGAGCACUGGGUACAUCAAAAAGAGAACGCUACCUGUUCCGGGGGCACCGAGUGUUGCGAGUUUGCAGAAAAAAGUAGUAACAAUGGAUGUGGGGCAAGGGACUAGGUGAUAUUUCCACAUGGCCCACCAUAGGAUUAUUGUACAUGAUUGUGACAUGUCUCAAAGCUAGUGAUUAGUCUUAAUUGAGUGUUAGACGAAGGCCUACCAAUCAGUGGAGUUUUUAUUUUAUUUAGUAAAUCUAGUGAAUUUUAAAAUAUUGAUAGCCAUACAAUUUCAACGUUUGCUGGCGAACGCUCAAAUCAAUGUAUAUUCGAAACGCAGACUUUCCGUCAGAUCUUCUCCAUCUACUACCUAUGCAGCUUAAAGCUGUUCGUACACGAGGUGCACGCCACAACAAAAUAUUCACUAUGAAUUUUUUUCUACCAACGCUGUUGAUGUUGCCGAAUUGGAAUAGGUAAUACCAUGUUCACACUACAGAGUUAAAACAUGUUAUAACAAUUAGCAACAAGAAAAAUGUCAUCAAGAUAGCGUUAAAACACGUUUUAACUCUUAGUGUGAACGUGGUAUAAAACAAAGUCCACAGAGAAUAUGUUUUGUGGCGUAUGCCCUGAUAUGCGCUUAAAUCUUGUGUGAUUAGUUCGACUGAAAGUGCUGGAUGAACGUGAAAGAACGUUUUCUAACAAUCCCUUCUGAAUUAUAUACCGGUUUUGGAAUGAUGAGAAUUCGGUUGCCAUAUUGUUAAAUGGUUUAAUAUGAUAUCGGUAUAAAAUCAGUAUUUAUCGGUAUAAUUUUUUGUAUGUGAACCAGUAUUUUCAUGCAAGUUACUGGUGAUAAAUGAAAGCUAUGAUCAAUAAAUAAUUGAAAAUGAUUGAGCUCAAUUGGUUUCAAAACCCGAAAUUGCUUGCUCUGGAAUUAUGAUGGGAUAUGGACAGAUUUCUGAUACAAUUCCUGGAUGAUUAUAAUUGUUUGUUAUUUAUCAUCGGGCUAUCUGAACAACCACUUUCUGCAAACUAUGUGCAAUUACAUCACACAUAUCUUCUCACCGUUGCACUAGUCGGUAUGUGCAUUGCUUUAUGGUUACACUUAUGACCGCACGCCUGCGGCUUCGCAUGCGCGUUAUAGUUGAGAGGCUGUUCUUCCUUAUUGCUCGGGGAAUGUGUACCCGUAGCUCCUAUAUGGGACAUAUUUUCUCGAAAUUUCAUUGUAAAAUACUGAAAAUUGAACGAAUAACCGUGAAUUUCCGGAAGCCCCUCGUCGGAAACUUGUUUUGCGGUGUACAUCAUUACUCAAAAUCUACUGGACAGUUCUGCACAGUUCUUCUUCACAUGGUUGCCCAGGAACCGUAACGUGCCCUACUACCGUGAGGUUAAGAACGUUUCAAGUAAAAAGUGAAUCCAAAAAUUCAAAUUUCCGAUAAAUGGUUGUGACCAUCGCGAUAGCUCACUUCACAUUAAAUAUAUUUGAUAUGAAAAAUAAAAAUUAUACUACUCAUUGCUAUACAUUCUUGUAGAAAAUCAUUCACGUCAAUAUGCCUAAUACCGCGCACCUCAGAGGAAUGAUUCCGAAUACCGGGCAAAAUAAUUUCUAACACCGUGUACCAUAUAAUAAACUAAAUACUGGUGUAAAUAGUGGAAUUUGAGAGAAAACUUACAGAAUUUAUUGCAGAAUUGAUUUCUUUCUUUCUUCUUAUCUUCAGUUUUGGGCGCCUAGAUUUCAGCUAAGCCUUUUUGUCAGCUUGGAGUUUUCUCUUGAUUUGUCGUUCAGUUUUCUUUCUUUCUUUUUCAUUCAACUCAGUCAUUUUAAUAUUCCAGAUACUCAUCGUAAGCAACACACCAAGCUUCGAUCUUGUUUUUGAUUUAGCUUUCUGUAAUAUUUUAGGAGGGCAAAACACCUCACCCAAUCAGUGAUGUACCAAAUCGGGUUUUUAUAAUUUUGGGGAAAAACCCAAGGUUUUUUCCCUGUUAAAACGGUUUUUUCGCGGGAAGAUUGGGUUUUUUGCAAUUUUGUGAUAUAUUAGUAAUGUAUUGUUAUCCAAACACUUUUAUUUUAUUUAUGAGCAUUGUUGUCAUAAAGUUUUGCAUGUAUAUGAAUUCUGAAUGGUUUUCCUUGAUUGAAUCAUUGCUAUAGCGGUGAUCCAACAUUUCUUUACAAAUAUUAUGGUUGAAUAAGUGAUAAAACUUUUCAACGCGUUUUGGGCUAAGUCGAUUGCGUUUCUUACUGUGAAUCCACCUAAACGUACUAAACAUUUUUUCUACUGCUGCUGAUGUGGUUGAUGCCGAAAGAAUUGCGAUUUGUGAGUGUUCUGAUUACGGUUCAUACUAAUGACGACUGUCAAGGCCACUCGCUUUCUGCAUAUUACUCACUUUUACUUUUCACCGAACUAAAUAGGUAUUUUCUAAAGUUAUUUCUAUUAUUUCUAAAUAGGUAUUUUGUAUGAAUACCUACCUCAUUUCGCUAAAAGUAUAGCAACCCCUAAAAUGAGUAACAAGCAGAAUAAAAGUAGUUUGGGCAUCACACGAUUAUUUUAAUUUUCACUAGUUUGAGUAACAAUGACUAUUGUUUCCAAUAUUAUAUGAAACAAGUUGAAAUAUGGAAAGGACCGAAACCCGUUAUAUUAGAAUGUGAAAAAUAGAUUUAAACUUCAAGUUUAAAAAUCGGCCAGGAGUUUUUCGAUUAUGUCUUACAGAAUUAAAAACGAAAAAAGUAUAUCCGGUUCUAAAAAGGACUUUUCUUUAUACAACUUUUAAUCUUGAAUGUAACGUUGUACGGAAUUUCCCGUGAGCGAAUUAUACUGGAUGUUCAUCCUUGCCGACUUUUUCGGGUGAGAAUAUACUAAGCGAUUCUCAUGCUCAAGGAUCUCUGUCCGAUUUUUACGCUUGAUGUUUAUAUUCGAUUUUUAUAUGCUAAGAUAUCUGGAGUAGAUUCUACAAAGUAUGUUUUAUCCUUGCGACUUUUAUUUUCGGUCUCUCAAAUGUAAAUGCAAGAUUCUUUAACUCUCCGGAAGUCGCGCAAAUGGCCCACUGAACGAGCAGCCGCUGGUGCCUUAAGACGAUUUCGCUAGAUUUUCAGAGCAGCGUGUACUCAGUGCACUAGAGCGACUGCCGAAAGGUUAAAAACAUUAAAUGAACAUCAUAUAUUCGAUAAAACGAAAAAACCCAUAUUUCGUCCGGGUUAAAAUGAUUUGGGAAAAAACCCGGUUAAAACCCAAAAAUAAAAACACGGGAAGAAUGAAUUUUUCCCAUCGGUACAUCACUGCACCCAAUACGUUCAGAUGCUCGGCUGGACGAUGAGACAGAUCUAAUGGGGUCGUUUCGACAAUUGAUACUGGAGAAAAUUGAUCUUAUUAGAUUAUAAAAAUGCACAGUUAAAAAUGUAAAAAAAUGAUCGGCUUUCGUCGAAGCCUCUGAACAAGGGUUCUGCUUCUAGAAAAAACUCCUCUUUUACAUCUGUGCCUGUACUGGUAUCUGUGUUGGUAUCAAUAGGGAACUGUUUUGUACAAGUUUAAUCCUCUGCCAGACAAAAAAAACAGUAUCCCCCGCGCUGCCCAGCCACUCACUCAGGAGGGAUUAAUGAGAUUAAAAUCAUCCACUUGCUGAUGUGUCAUAUGAUUUUGAAUUUUUAUUAGCAAGUUUUCCUGGACCCCAGUAGUUUGCUGCGCACUUGACAAUUCGCGAUUUGAUCUGUACCCAAAAGCAGAAUCUAUAGAUGCUGAUGCUCUACACAAGAGUGACGAAUAAUUAACCCAUAGAUGUUACUUAAAGUGCGUUCGAGGUUUUCCAUUUUUUAACUACUACAUAAAGCAACGUAGCAAUCUCACUUCGUGGUAGCAGAUCCCCUGCAUGCUCAAUUAGCCAAUCGACUAUUUGAGGGGUCUAAAAAAACUGACAUCCAAUGGUGAGGUAAUUUGGAUUGUGUUAAUAAAGUAAAUAAAAACCAUCUUCUUCUCCUUACACGAAGCGAUACGUGUAAUGAAUGUCCAUCGACGAACAUGAUAACUGGAAACGGAAUAUUUCCACGUAGGAGCCAUCGAUGAAACACAUUUCUCAGGUAGAGAAAAAAAUAUCUGGGUCCAAUCGGAGUCAUCUACAAUUAUCUGCGUCAUCGAAAAAAUCUGCAGCGUAAAUUAAGUCUGCGAAUUUGCAGACAUGUCUGCAAAUCUGGCAUCUCUGGAUUCUUUGUCUGAAUUGCCGACCCAAGUAUGAACUUGUCUUCCAUCAGCUUCUGUUAGUAUUACGUCUCGAGUUGGAAUCGUGCGGACAGCAGUUUCAUCCAUGUUAAAAUUUUGCUUUGGAUGUUUCAUAACCUCCUCUAACUGAUUCUUCUUUAUAAAAGAUGUUAUUUAUCCAAAUUAUCUCUUGAUUUGCUUGGAGCUUACAUUGGCUCUACUAUUCGACAACGAGCUCACAACAAGUACACGCUGAAACUAAAUACCCCAAAUGUCCUCUAUUGGGUUUAGAGCAGGGCUGAUAGCAGACCAUUCUAAGACAUCGACGCUUCCUGAUGGGAGAAAGAAUUUUAUCCGUUUUAAGGACUAGAUAGUAUUGAUAGAGUGCAUGACUGCAGUAGUGUCCAGGUUUCUCCAGACAAACUAUCCCAAUGCUCAUUCAGGGCUUUCCCAAUGAUGCACUAUGCUAUAUUUCUUCCUAUGAGAAAAAUUAGGUAAAACCACACUUGUGCGGUAAGACUUAUAACUAAAUUAGUUAUGGAAUUAGCGUUUCGACUUUGUCUCAUAGUGACUGAACGCCGGAUAGUUCCACAAAACGGAAGCACAACUUCUGUUCCUGAACAAAUUUCUAGUCAUGCAUGAUGUUUCACAAGGAAAGGAGUUCAUUUUAAACUGAGAAGAACCAGUGAUAUCGAAAUAUUGGUUUGAUUUAUUUAGCAAGCCAAUGUAAGAUGCACUAUACUAUAUUUCUCCUUAAGAAGAAAAAAUUGGAUGAAAACGCAAAUUCAAUAACUAAUUUAGUUAUAGGUCUUAUGACCCAAACGCGAAAAUGUAGUUUUACUCCAUUUCUCCUCAGUAGAGAAAAAAUGUUUUUCGCCCAAAUCCGGCACUAGCUUAGUCCUGUCACUAAGUUAGUGUCGGAUUCUGAUAAGACGAAGUUGAAACUCAAAUUCCAUAACUAAUUCAGUCCCAAUUAGUUUUAUAUACUUUUAUGAAUUCAUUCAUUAUACAGUGAAAAUUGGCGUGUUACCACGAUGUUCAAAUUCGGCCCAAAUCAUUAUAGAGAUACUCUGAUAGGCCAGAAGGUUUCGAUGAAUCUGGGUACUGUAGCAAUGUUGCAUUGGCCAAGUUUUCCUUACAUUGCGAAAAGGAAUGCUUGGUGUUCGGAUUCCACAAGAGCUUUCUUGUGUCAGGGGUAGGCGUAGCGUAGUUGGUAAAUCAAUUGCCUUGUACGCAGCGCACCUGGGUUCGAGCCCCGACCCCGCACAUAGGGUUAGAAAUUUUCAUAAGAGAUUUUUCUAACCCGAAGAGGCGUCCUCUAUAAUCGAAAUAAAAAAAAAUUCUUGUGUCAUUUUUACAAUUACCUGGAAUUAAGUCUUGAAGAGGUUUCUGCGAUGUUGCCGCUUGGGGUAAAAAGUGUUUGUAUCCAUUUAACAAGGCCAGAAAUUUACGAUUAUUUUUCACCGUUGUCGGUUGUUUGUAUAUUCGACGACAACUUGACCAUGUUCCGCUUGAGGUUUGAUACCGCGUUCGCUGAUGUCACCUCAUAAAAAAUCGAAGUUUUUUGAGAGAACUUACACUUAUCCAGAUAGAGCACUAGUCCGUUUUCAUUCAAACGAUGAAAAACGAUUCGUACAUGUUCUUGAUGGUCUGUCUCUGUCACUGAAGCUAUAUACUAGUGUCAUCAAAGAAGACGACGACAAAAUCCAAAUCGGUGAAGAGACGGUGCAUGAAACGUUUGAAUGUCUGACUGAUAUUACACAGCCCAAAUUGCAUCCUAGUUAACUCGAACAGGCCGAACGGAGUGAUGGCAGCCGUCUUUGGCAUAUCGCUUUCUUCGACGGGAAUAUAAUAAUAAGCGCGAACCAUAUGGAGAGUUGUGAAAUUCCCUUUACCAAGAAAAUUCUUUAACAGGUCGUGUGAGAUACAGGGUAGCGAUUUGGUACGGUCAUACGAUUUUGGGCUUCUGUAGUCGCCGACGAUCCGCCAAUCGCCAUUUUUCAUGGGGACACAAUGGAGAGGGGUGACCCAGCUACUCUUUGACGGACGACAAAUGCCAAUCUCCAUCAUUGAUUCGAAUUCCGGUUUUGUUGCUCGUAAUUUGUCCGAAGCCAUUCUACGGGCUUUGCAGACCGUGUGGACCGGUUGUCUAGAUGUGAUGCGUUUCAUCAUAAUGAUUUUUUAAGCACAUGGUAGGGGAGGUGCGAUCGCACGAAACUCUGAAAGUAAAUUGCGGUAUGGAUGGUCGGACGCUUUCCUCUUGUAACAUCAAAGAUAGUGGGUGUCAUCCAGCUCCUAACAGCAUGUAAUUUUGUACCUAGUGACGUUGGAGGGACGGGCAUAGCGUAGUUGGUAAAUCCAUUACCUUGUACGCAACUCAACUGGGCUCGAUUCCCAACCCCGCACAAAGGGUUAGAAAUUUUUCUAAAGAGAUUUUCCUAACUCGAAAAGAGGCAAAUGAGCCUAAGAUUAAAACCUCUAAAAUAAAAAAAGAAAGUAACGUUGGCCAACAAAAAGUUCCAUGAGAAUCUACGACGUAAUCUGAGUUCGGUUUCUAACAACUGGUUUCUGUAAUGUUCGAAUUUUUUAUCCAUUCGCGGAGCGAAGCUGGAAGGGCGAUGGUCCGCGGCUUCUAUCGUUUCUUGAGGCUGGUAUGAUUGACACAUCGGAGCCUGUAUCGAUGGGAAAUCGUUUGUGGGCAGUUCUGUCGAAAAUCUGUAGUCGGUGACUAUGUUUUGCGCUCACCUCGCUGGUCCCGGGUGUGUGAGGAACUAGUUUUGUGAAUUUCGGAACUGACAUGGGCUACGGCACUGCUCGGCACGAUUUUCGUAUUUAAGGUAAAAUUAACAGAUGGUUUCGUUGUUCCGGUUGCAGGCCGCUGAUCGCGAAUGAUUUUUCUCUAGACGUGCUUUCAGAUUUCGGCAGUCUGUGCGGUAGAUCAGAAAGCUAUUGUGUGUUUUUCGAGUGCUUUUACUGCGGCGGCGUGUGGAACGAGAUCUGUCAGUUUUGAGAGGCUUCCGUUAUUAAUGCUCAGAACGGGACGAAUUUUUGUAGGGAGCCUCUGCAAGAAGAGCAUUUCCAGCAGUGCUUCGUCGAUGUUGAGUCCUGAAGAUAUUUCUUACAUUUUUGCAAGACGGUGUGUAGGUCCGAAAUCGCACGAACCGAGCAAUUUUUCCAGUUUCGAUUGUGCAGUCAACUCAAAUCGUGGGAUUAGACGCUUUCUAAUUGCAUCAUAUUAUUCCUCUGCUGGCGGAGCUUUACCGACUGAUUUAGUUUAGCGACAAUCGGCCCUAUUCUGCGCGGCGUGUGACGUGAGACAACUAAUCUCACCCGCAAGCGAAACAGUCGCGUUGUUUUUCGCAAUGCCGGGUAACACAAAAAAUCAAAUAUUUUAAAAAUCUUAUGUUCGCUCAAAAUUUUUUUUCUUGGAAUUCAAAGCUGAUAAUAUAUGCAACAUUUUACAACUUAAACGGAAUGAAUAUCGCGUGAAGAAACCAUUUAAAACUGCAUUUUAUUGAAAAAUUGUUUAAAAAAUAGUAGAAAUAGUUAACAUUUGUUAAACCAUUUUUCGACAUUUUCUAGACCAAACAUUUGUUAAACCACCAGUGAAGUUUGGUGCAAUUCGAAAUUAAGCUUUGGCUGUAAAAAAUAUUAUAAUAAGGUGCAUAAAUUUUCAAUUAACUAGAACUACUAUAAAUAUUUCGAAUAUCGACAAAAUAUUUCACGAAGAUGUCUAGGGGUACCUAAACAAAAAAAUAAAAACAUGUUUUGCAAAAUUCACCUCUUUGUGAUAAAUGGGGGGGGGGCACUUCAGAAAUUUUUACUCUAUAUUCAUCGUUCCGUGCUGCCAGUUUCGCGACAAUGGCACACUACAGCUGUAUGACAACUAGGGAAAUGACAAAGGUGAUAUUAUCAUGACUAAGAAACCUUUAUUGCUUUGAAAUACCGCAUUACUCCGUACAGAACCAGACCCCCUUAGGAAGUGAAUAACACGUGAUAUCGCCAUAUGCUAACAAUUUGUUAAAAAAUGGGUUUUAAAUUUGCGCAGAUCACAGUACUUUGCAAGAAAACAGCUUUAUCAAAUAAAUAAAACUAAAAACAACGUUCCCCGCCACACUUCGAAACUAAACACACAAAUUUCAAACUCAUAGAAAACUUAGAUCCAACAACAGCUCGGAUGAUGACAAUAAUCAACGAAUGUAAAACGCCGUGAUAUCUCACAUGUUUGGAUGAGGUUUAUAUUAUUUUUUAUUCAAAUUGCAAGAAUACAUAACUCGGUUGAUAUUCAGUUUCAAUUUAUUACUUCAAUCGCAUCACAAAGAUGGGUUUAGUUACAUAGUUCAAGCAUAUUUAUUUGUCGUCGGUCAAAAGAUGUAAUACCUGAACAUUACAAUACUUACAGCGUUUAACACAUGUGGCAUUUCCACAUAACUGGGACUAAAUAAAAGGUUAAGAUUCUACUAGAGUUGCAUCUUUUAGCUAUGGUAAGGUUUUUCGUUCUCUUAGCAGGUCUACUAGAUGAACAAACGAGAUAAUAAAUGGAACAUAUUCAAUUACUCACUUGCAGCAUGUUACAUUUUAGCAUGUGGACUAUCUGUCUUAGUCGCAAACCCCGAACGUGAACUAGCUUUAAGAUAUUUCUUGUUAUUAUAGAUAAAACACUACUAAACUGUGAGAUAGCUUAACGUAGAAUUGUCGAUCUGUAUUAUUGUACAAUGGACAUGUAUCCGAUUGCUGUUCGGAAUCAGUGACUGUCUAUUUUGAGAAAAGUACGUGAAGCACGAAAGUAGAACCCUAUCGGACACUAGUAGACACAUUGAAACAAGUAGAUACAAGAGAGCAGUAAAUACAUAGAUAAGCUCAUAAGAGGCGUCA